AUGCGCGCCGCCCUGCUCCUCUUCGUUGCCUCGGCCCUCGCCGCUCCUCAGGACGCUGCGGCGGCCGCCUCGUCUCUCAUCUCGGAGGCCGCCAGCAUCGUCGAUUCAGCCGUCUCGGCCGGCUCCAGCGCCUUCGCCUCUGUCACUAGUGUGGUCGGCAGCGCCGCUAGUGCCGCCAGUUACCCGAGCGCCAAUGCGAGUGCCUACCCGAACGCCUACACCACCCCGGCGGGCACCAAUACCACGGCGACCGGUAACAGCACGGCGGCGGCCCCCGCGCUUGCGCCUGCCGUGCCAAUGUGGCUCCGGAUCCGGCUCCGCCCCGGCUCCCGAUACCGGCUUCGACUCUCCCACUCCUGCCAAGCCAGCACCCUAGAGCCUUCGACGGCGUGGCCCGUCGGCAUCGCGCUGACCAUCUGCGCCAUCCCCGACUUGUACUUCGUUUGGCUCGGCCUCGAGGUGAGCAGAGCCUGGAGGCGCCAGGAGCGGGAAGCGCCCGUCCUGCGCUGGCGGACAUACAUCACCAGGACGACUGCUGGCGCCGCAGCCUGCGGUGCAUCCGGCAUCGGUCUCCUGUCCAUUCUUCUCCACAACCGGAAUGUAUUCUCCUCCUCUAUGAUCGUGAAUAUCAGCCUCCACGCUUCGGUCGCUGUGCUGGCGCUCAUGAGCGUUGGCUUCGAGAUCGGCUUCCGCUCCUCGGUGCCGGCGUCUUGA